CAUUUUUCGACCUCUGAGCGAUGGACAUCCUCAAGGGGGCGGCGCAGUCGGUGGUGUAUGCGUUCACGUCAUGCGUGGAUGCGUCAUAUUCGCGGCGUCUUCGCGCAGAAUCCUUUGAAAGCGAAGCUCCGUUCCUCGAGAUGCGUGACAAAGCAACAGUGACGUCCAGCAGCAGCAAAAACGUUCACCAUCUCUUGUCGACGCCGAUGGAUAAGUACUCGCGAAUGGUGCAGGCGGGGGUGCCAACAGAAAAAGUGAAACUCAAGAUGAGCAUGGAAGGAAUCGAUCCCCAACUACUGGACCAUGCAGCUGCACAGUCAUAUGAAACGUCUUUGUACCCCAUGCAGUCAGCUCACCGGCCGCUGCAGCCGCAUCAAUCCCAACAACAAUUCCCUACCAUGUCUGUGUAAUGUAAAUAUCUUCCUUCCCUCAUUAUACUAUGUGUUUUCCCG